AUGGACGGCGAGCUCUCCCCACAGCGGUCCUCGAGGACGAAGUCGCUCACCCUGAGCGCCGUGGACGGCGAACUCUCCCCGCUGGCGUCCUCGAGGAGGUCGGCCGCCCCGAGCGCCGUGGACGGCGGCGUGCGCUCCCCGCAGGCGUCCUCGGGGAGGAACCCGGUCGCCCCGAGCGGCGCGGAGUGCGAGCGCUCCCAGGUGGUGUCUCCGAAGAAGGCCGCCCACGGCGUCGCGGGCGGCGAGCGCUCCGAGGCCCUGUCUCCGAAGAAGUCGGUCGCCUUCUCUGAGCCGAGGGGGCCCAGGCAGUGA